ACGCUUCUCGCUGAUUUCAUUAUGUAUGCUUGCGAUUUUGAAAUUCCCUAGUUGCAAAGUGGCCUCCUCUCCUUUAUGCUCUAAUUCCUCCCAAGUGCCCUAACCCUUUAUUCUUUGAUAAGGGAAAUGAAUUAUUUGCCGAGGGAUAAAGCUUUGAAUAGCUUUAUCUAGGGAUUCCUCUAUAUAUAAAUCCUGACCCAGCUGCUUGUUCUAGUGCCUUCAAGAAUCUAUACACUCCUGUAGCUUUUCCUAAUAGCCAGAAGAGGAAGGGAGAGAUGGGGAAGAAGCGAGUAGUCGGGAUCGGAAUGGAUUACUCCCCGACGAGCAAGGCGGCGCUCAGGUGGGCGGCCCAGAACCUCGUAGAGGAUGGUGACCAGAUGAUAUUGAUCCAUGUUCAGCCUCCCAAAUCCGAUCAUACCAGGAAGCAGCUAUUCGAAGACACUGGAUCCCCUUUGAUUCCUCUUGAGGAAUUCAGAGAGACCAACUUCUCGAAGCAGUAUGGACUGACUUAUGAUCCUGAGCUUCUUGAUGUGCUUGAUACGGUUUCUAGGACUAAGGGGGCAAAAGUGGUGGCGAAAGUUUACUGGGGCGAUCCGAGGGAGAAGCUGUGCGAUGCAGUGGAAGAUCUCAACCUCGAUUCUAUCGUCGUUGGGAGCAGAGGCUUGGGCACCAUCAAAAGGGUUUUGCUUGGCAGUGUCAGCAAUUAUGUAGUGACAAGCGCACCAUGCCCGGUCACUGUGGUCAAGGGAGCAUCAUCUUCCAAAUUCUGAAAGGCCCACUAAUUGUCUCUUUCUCCCCAUGCUUGAAGGAGUUGCUUUUGUAAUGAUGAUCCACCGUGAAAACGUUGCUUUGUACUUGAGAUACUUGGUUCUGUGCAGUGAGUUUUUGCUGUUAUGAUCCUUAUAUUACAAAGAGAGAACACAAAGAAAGUGUUUUGAUUGCA